AUGGGAUGGGCAUACGCAACUUACGACGAUCGAGCUGCGGGAACAGCAGCGGUGAGGGCGAUCGACGGUGAACCGUUUUUUGAGGGGUCAAAAGUGCCGUGUAAAGCGCAGUUUGUAACAAUGCAGGACUACGCAAAGUGGGCCUGCUACACGCGCAAUCACCCGGUGGUACCCAAGACACGUUGGCAACAAUUCACGAGCUCCAAUGGAAUCUCGUACUACUAUAACACUCGUACAGGGCAGACUCAGUGGCACGUCCCAGAGGAAUUAAUGACGGCAGAACCAAAGCCGAUGCACGCCGCGGGUAGCACGGCAUUCGGACCUCCAGGAGCAAACCUGUUCGUCUUUCAUUUACCGUGCGAUUGGAAGGAUGAUAACUUGUCGUCUUAUUUUGAAGAUUACGGGAAAAUAGUCAGCGUGGAAGUAAGACGCGAUCAACAUGGAAACAACCGAGGAUUCGGCUUUGUAUCAUACGAUAAUCCACAUUCCGCACUACAAGCCAUCAGACACAUGAACGGGUUUUCAGUAUCUGGUAAAUACCUCAAGGUGCAACUAAAAAGAGGUGAGGAACGCUAUCUGUCGCAUAAUCGCCUCAUGGCGGCAUUAUUCAGCAGCUCCACGAAUCUGAAAGCAGAUGAGAGGACGUCUCACCGCCUCGUGGUCAAAAAGGAAGACGCGGGAACGUAUCAAACCAACCAGAGAUGA